AUGACAAGUUCCCUCUACACACGGCCGCCCGUCUCGGCCAAGACCGAUCCCAAGCUUUCACAGCGCAGAGAUGACGAUGAUCGUCUCCCCAUCCACUGGGCCGCAUCAUCCAACAAUCUCGACAUUGUGGUGCUCCUCGCCAAUCAAAAGUCCUUCGACCCAGACGUACAGGAUGGCAGCGGCUGGACACCCCUCAUGAUCGCAGCCAGCGUUGUCGACAGCGAGCCCAUUCUAAGACUAUUCCUACAGAAAGGCGCCGACGUCAACGAGAAAAAUAACAGUGGUGCCACCGCCUUGCACUUUGUCGCGUCCAAGAAGAAUCUCGACACAGCACGCCUCCUCAUCGAGAACAAGGCUUCUACACGCGUCCGCGAUAAACGGGGCCAAUACGCCAUCCAUCGCGCUGCGGCCGUUGGAUCCGCCCCCAUGGUAACCCUCCUCCUCCGCAACCGCAGUGCGCUCAACGCCACGGAUGUCGAGGGGUUCACGCCAUUGCACCAUGCCAUCGCCGAGGGUCACGGCGACGUUGCGGUGCUCCUGCUCAAAGAAGGUGCCGAUCAUGCGUUGAAGAACGCGGAGGAUAUGCUCGCCCUCGACCUCGCGCCCGACAAGGAUGUGCGCCGGUAUAUAUUACAGGGUGCAGAGCGUGAGGGCGUCAACCUGACCUAG